AUGGGACUCAAUGGCCUCAUCCCAGUACACGAAGACAUAUACCACAAUCUUCUACGCAACCAAGCUUAUGUGGACGCCCACAAUAUUAGGAGUCAAUAUCAAUUAAAUAUUGAAGCACAUUCUUACAACCAAGUGUUAGAAGAUGUUGCAAUUAUUGCUGAUAUGUGGCCACCACUAGGGAUAGACUUACCAUAUGCUCUAGAACCACAGGAGUUAAACUUACCCUAUGUCCCAGACCCAGAAGAUGAAACAUAUUUGGAACUUCUGGACCUUGAUGAUCUAUCUGUUGAGUCUAUUGCAUCAGCUGCUUCAGUGGUAAUCAUUGAACCACAAAAGUCUAAUCCAACUAUCAUCAAUCUAAAUUUUGAUGAUGAAAAUGAAUAUCCCGAGCCUGUUAUCCCUCUCGUUGAAAUCAUAGAUAUUAGUUUUGAUGAUGAAUAG